AUGCCUAACGUGUUGACCAAGUUGGCACCAAAAGUAAAUAUGAUUGAAUCGAUGCCCGAGGAGUUCAAAAACAAGGAUUACUCCAACGCCCGACACAUCUCAGGCCUGACCCACGAGAUGCUCAUGUCGUUUGAGAUCCGGGGUAUUGUCGAGGAGAAGAUUGUCCGCAUUCCUCAUCACACAAACACUUUGGCCGACACUAACCUAAUGCUGAGCGAAGCGUUUGGCAAACCAGUGGUCGACAGCGUAGACAUCACCGGCUUUCAGGAGAUGUGCUUUAAGACUAAAAACGCGCUGUAUUUUUACACCAUUAACUAUUGGGCCAUAUUUGCUUUUAUGCUCGACGAUUACCUGGAUCAAGUUAUGGUGAGCGAUGGCGAGGGCAGACAUGUUAUAUGCGAGUGGCAGAAAAAGUAUUUGUUGGGCGAAAGUGACGGCACAACUGGUUUUGACAAAAUGCUCGUAAAGGCUAUGAAACUAACUAAAGCUAUGUUAACGUCUGACCAGUUUGUACGACACGUGAUGUAUGGCGUCGGUUGGAUCGGCACAUACCUGACCGCCAAUCAGACAAAGUUUAAUAACAAACUUAUGACUUAUGAAGAGUAUUGGUAUCAGAGAGAGCGGGACUGUGCGGCUGAUUUAAUAUAUAUAUUUAUGGAGCAAUGCGAUAAUUUAGACGUGGUCAAAUACAGCCUAAUGGAUAACCCUGUUUAUAUCGCAUUUUAUAAAUCGGCGGCCAAACAUUCAAUAAUUGUUAACGACAUCUACUCAGUCAAGUCGGAAGUGUUGAAAGAUCAGGGUAAAUACAGUUAUCUAUACCUGUUAAUGGCACACCAGGGUUGGAACUGUCAACAGGCUGUCGACCAGAUGGUGGCCGAAGUGCACUAUCAAUGGUAUGCGUGUAUUAACUACGGCUCACAACUCGUAGAGUACGGCAUACCUGAGCUGACAGAGUAUGUGCACGAAGUGAUGCAUGAGGUUCGGGGCAAUCUAUGGUGGUCGUCGAUAUUUAAAAAAAACUACUGGUCUGACGCCCGACACAUAUCGAGUUUGACCCACGAGAUGCUCAUAUCAUUUGAGAUCCCGGGUCUCGUCGGGGAGUAG